AUGACCACCAACGCUCCGCUGCCACUGUUUACGAUCGACCCAAACUCCGUCGUUGUCGCCACCAACGUCCCACUCAGCGAAGGAUAUGUCGCAAAAUUGAUCAAAGACGCCCAAAUCUGCCCAUUCUUCGGGUUCGACGUGGAGCUGACGCCGUGUAAAGAAGUCCGCCUCGUCCAAAUCGCAUCCAGGAACGCCGCCUAUGUCUUUGACAUCGAUAAGAUCAGCUAUUUCCCAGAUGUACUAAAGUCCUUCUUGCGCAACGACAAGUACGUCAAACUUGGCGUCGGAGUUCUCGGUGACGCCAAGGCACUCCUGGACUCAGACGAGGUCGAAUUGGCAGGCGCAGGCGAGCUAUCGCGGCUCCAUAGAAUGUUCGACCUGACAGGAGCGCUAUCCGGACUGCACUUCUCGUCGUGCGUCGCGUUGGAUACCUUGGCUAAGGUAUGGCUGAGUCGGGGGCUCGACAAGGCUCUUCAACCGGCACAAGAAUGGGUCGGAGAACUAAGCGUCGAGCAUUAUACUUAUGCUGCAACAGACGCCGCUGUGGCUCUCGCUAUCUACCACAGAAUGAUGUCCGUCAAAAUCUUAAGCAACGCCCGCCCACGCCUAUGGAUUUUCAGCGGUUACGACGCAUGCAGCAGAGAGGCCGUCGGCCUCGUCAAAGACUACGCGCCAUACGCCGCCUUGAGUACUCAAUGCAUCACCUCUAUGGAGGGAUUGUUAGCCAAGAUGAAGAGAAGGCAUCAGGACGCUGACAACACGCUACCCGGCGACGACUUCAACACUUGGACCGAGAAGACGAUCCCAGAGGCUGUCAAAUUGUGCGCUUCUCUGACUAUGGCAUUCGAGGUUUACAACCGGCAGAUGUCCGUAAGAAAAGAUAGUUAG